AUGCCUGUGGGGAAGUUUGAUUAUGAUUUGGAGACUCGUGCUGAAGCAUCAGUCAAGUCCUUUUCUUUGAGCGACGACAACUUCUUUCCCCUCUUCUCUAGCUACAUCUACGGCCUCUGUAACGACCUCCCCUCUAUCACAACGACCACAAACUCAGUCCUCGACUCUUUCGCCUCUGACGGUGUAAUCUAUCUCGAACUCCGCACAACUCCCCGCGCCAUCCCCUCCGCAAACAUCACAACAACAGACUACAUCCGCACAAUCCUCUCCUGCAUCACCACCUCCAACACCCACACCCCCAUGAAAACCUCCCUCAUCCUCUCCAUCGACCGCCGCUCCACCCUCGCCACCGCCCACGAGGUCGUCACCCUCGCCCUCGCCCACCGCACCGCCGGCGUAAUCGGCAUCGACCUCUGCGGCGACCCCUCCGUGGGCGACAUCUCGAUCUUCGGCCCCGCAUUCGCGCGCGCCGCCGACGCAAACCUGCCUAUCACGCUGCAUUUCGCCGAGGCGCCGUGGUCGUCGCGGCCCGAGGAGUUGUGGAAGUUGCUCGAGUACAAUCCGCGAAGGAUUGGCCAUGUGAUUCAUGUCCCCGGGGAUGUGAAGAGGGAGAUUGAACGGAGGGGGAUUGGGUUGGAGUUGUGUUUGAGUUGUAAUGUGCAUGCGAAGAUGAUUACGGGGAGUUAUGGGGAUCAUCAUUUUGGGGAGUGGUGGGGGAGGGGGUGUCCGGUUGCUUUGAGUACUGAUGAUGUUGGGGUUUUUGGAUCGCCGCUUUCGAAUGAGUAUCGCCUUGUUGCGGAGCAUUUUGGGUUGAGUGAUCAGGAGAUCUUUAGGUUGGCGAGGAGUGCGGUGGAUUGUAUUUUUGGGGGCGAGGAGGAGAAGGAGAGGUUGAGGGGGUUGAUGUGGGGUUGA